AUGGCUGGCUACUUCUCCAACCAUUCGCAAUUCCAGACUCGCUUUGCAAACGCAGCAUCUAACACCACCACAACUACAGCUACUACCACACCCACCAUUCCAGCAGAGACGCGUCCGCGACCCCCUACAAGCAGGCAUUUCUCUACUUCCGUCGCACACCCGCCACACGAGGAGCGCGACCGGGGUGUCGAUGUUCCUGCACCGCUGGCCGUUCACCCUCUCCGGAAUACAUGGGUCUUCUGGUUCCGACAACAGCGCGCUCCGGGAAAUAAAAUCACCAAUUAUGAAGAAGGCAUCAAAAAGAUCGCUUCUUUUUCCAGCGUUGAAUCUUUUUGGGGACUUCAAACUCACCUUUCGCCCCCCUCUGCACUCCUGCCCACUACGGACUACCUCCUGUUCCAUGCAGGUGUUCGCAGGCCCGUGUGGGAAGACCCCCUGAAUCGUACUGGUGGAAAGUGGAUCAUACGAUUGCGUAAGGGAGUAGCAGACAGGGUGUGGGAGGACCUUGUUAUGGGCGUCGUGGGUGACAUGUUUGAUGAAUGUGGCACACAGGGGGAAGGGGAAGAAGGGGGGUGGCCAGAAAUUUGUGGUUGCACAAUCAGCGUGCGUCAGAGUGAGGAUAUCGUGAGCUUGUGGAAUCGCGUCGAUGGGGAUGCCAAAGUGCGGGAGAAGAUUCGGGACACCUUGCGCGCUGUGCUCAACCUUCCUCCAUCGACCAUCAUGGAGUAUAAAUCUAAUAACGGUGUGGUCUCUCCAUCCCCAUUCAUAGCUCAUCUUAAUCAUGCAACCACAGACUCUAUGCAAGACAAAUCCUCAUUCCGUAAUUCCGCGAUUGAGAGGAUGCCCAGCAUUGCUGACGCAUCGUGA